UAAUGAUAGGUUUACGUGUUUCACUUUGUUUUCUUGAGAGAUUUUAAAUUUUAGAGAAAGUCACAGCUUACUUGUCAUUUUAUGAGAAUUCUAUGAAAGUUCUUAAGUACGAUAAAGUAUUUGUGUAAAUAUAAAUAUUUAUAGAAACCUUCGAGAAGAUGGUGAGUGAUUUAAAACCGGAAUGUUCCUUCUCUUGUUGGUAUCCAACAUUUAAAAAAGAUUCCUUGGAAGCUACGAUCCUCGACAUUCCUGAUAAUGUCUUAAAGUACUUGGAGCAUGACGCAUUUAUGAUGCCUAUCGAAGCGGUGAGAUCGUUAGCAGAGAAUUCCGAAUGGACUGAUGGCUCACCGGUGACCAGUGAAGAAGAGGAAACGGACUAUCAACCAACAUUUCCUGAAUUCAGUAAAAAAAUACAAGAUGUAUUAGAUGAAUAUGAUGCAAUAUUCAUUAAAACCAAUUGGAGUUCACCUGCGGAUGCAACAUGGGUUGCACCAACAAAGACUCUCAAAUGUAAAACCUUGGAGGAAGUUUAUUUAUUAUUGAAGAGUUCUGAUAGAAUCGCUAAAGAUCUGAACACCAUAAAAUCUUUGAGAGAUUGUGAGAAUCCUUUGUCAUUCUGUCUAGUAUUGAAACAGUGGCGAGACAUCAAUCCUUGUACAGAAUUCCGUUGCUUUGUUAUGGACAAUGAACUCAUUGCUAUUAGUCAGAGAGAUAUAUCGCAAUACCACAGUUCCAAUGAAUCAGAAAAAUAUAGUAUACAGACAGACAUCAAGAGCUUGUUUUCAGAGCGCAUCAAGGGCAGAUUUCCGUUAUGUAGUUAUUCUUUCGAUGUCGUACGACGUAAAAAGGACAAAGUAAAAAUAAUAGAUUUCGGUCCGAUGAAUGCAUCAUCUACGAAAGGAACGCUCUUUACGUACGAGGAAUUACAAAAUCAUAUUAAUGAUACCCCAGAGUUUCGUUUUAUUGGAGAGGAAAUAGGUAUUCAACCAAAACCUCCUACACACUUUUGCAUUCCACAAGAAAUCAGCGAAUUUUUCCAAUCGAGUGAUAAUGUCACAUUACUGGACAUUAUUCAGAGGGAGGUGGAAAGUCAACGGAAAGAGCAUGAAAAUGCUAAUAAUUCGAAGGAUACUUGAUGUAUAUAAUGAUGAUAAAUAUUUUUCUUAUAUAUAUGAAUAUUAAAAAUCUAACUUUCAGC